AAAAGAAAAAAAUAGGAACAAUGUUGUGCGGUAUAAGACAUUGCAUGCCGUCUGUAGUGAGACGUAUUUCAUUAUUUCGUCAGAAUAAUAAGCGGUACGAGAUAAAUAAUAAUAACGAGUUUGUGAACAAGGUGAUGAACGGCACUGUGCCAGUUAUAGUCAAUUUUCACGCGGAAUGGUGCGACCCGUGUAAGAUAUUGACACCCAAGUUAAUAGAACUUAUAGAGCCUAUGGACAAGUUAGAUCUGGCCAUAGUUGAUGUAGAAGAAAAUCCUGAACUGGUGCACGUCUUCGAGGUGAAAGCCGUACCCGCAGUGAUAGCGAUUUCGAAUGGCUUAGUCGUAGACAAAUUUAUCGGUUUAGUCAAUACUGAGAUGAUAGAGAGUUUAAUACAAAAGCUAACGCACGAAGGACCAACGACUACGGAAAGUAGCGAUACCAAGUCGUAGUCAUGACAACACAGUAAAUUGUAUAAUACACACUUUAUGCUUCCAUUUCUCUCUAUCAAUUAAAUGUAUUUUCAUACUUGUAGAGAGAGAAUGUAACAUUUCAAAGCUACUUCGUCCAAGAAUUAUGGCCUUUUUUUAUCUAAUCAUGCUCAGAUAAGCACUGUAGGUAAAAAUUUAUAUAUAUAUAUAUAUAUAUAUAUAUAUAUAUAUAUAUAUAUGUUGUAAAAUGGCAAUAUAACGUUAACUGACUAACGAAGCUAAUGUAUAUGUAUUAAUACUCAUGAAUCUGUUAAUGUCCAGAUUAUAUAUUAUAUUGAAAUAUUUAUACUUCUAUAUUCUAUAACACAGAGAGCUUAUUCAAUAGCCUAUAUUCUUGAAUCGACCAAAAAGAUGUAGAAAUUUUCCUUAAGAAUCUUAAGAUGUUUGAAAGAUGCGAGAGACGAUUCCUAUAUCAUAGCAAAGAUAGAUUAUAGAAGCUAUUGCAAAGCCUGUAAACUUGUAUGAAGCACUUGUGAUAUAUAUCUUUUUAGACACGACUUUUUUCAAUAUAUUCUUGAGAUAGCUGUUCAUAUCUUCACUUAAUAUUUAUAUAAGUGUCAUAUAAGUAUAAUAAAAAUUACUUAACGAGUCAAACCGAUAACGAAUUAUGUGCAAUGAUGAUAAAUUUUCAAAGUGAUACGAAUUGCGUUUGGACGUAUAACGGUACAUAUUUUUAAAAUACACUUUAUAUACAUAUACAUAUAUUUUUCUGAUGUAGCUUAAUUUCUUUCAAUAAUAUA